UAUGAAAUGUGAAUCACAAUUAUGAAUUGUGAUAGUAUAAUUUGUCAUGGAUAGUACUAAUUAAUUACGAACAGAGAAUAAUAUCAACAAUAUUUUUUGCUAUUUUUCAAUUUAUAUGAUAUAAUUUAUGUUAUAUAAUAAAAUAUUAAAAUAAUAAUUUUAGAUUUUUGAUUUUUGUAUAGUACAUAUUAAAAAAUAAAAAUGGCUCUUGCUAGCAUGCAAAGGAAAACCAAUGUACGAUUGCCUCCAGAAAUUAAUAGGGUUCUUUACAUUAGAAAUUUACCUUAUAAAAUAACAGCUGAGGAAAUGUACGAUAUUUUUGGAAAAUAUGGUGCCAUUCGUCAAAUUAGAGUAGGUAACACUCCAGAUACAAGAGGAACAGCAUUUGUAGUAUAUGAAGAUAUAUUUGAUGCAAAGAAUGCCUGUGAUCACUUGUCUGGAUUCAAUGUGUGCAACCGAUACUUAGUGGUCUUAUAUUAUCAAUCUACCAAAGCAUUUAAAAAAUUGGAUACAGACAAGAAGAAAGCAGAAUUAGAAAAGGUUAAAAUGAAAUAUGGCCUCAGUGAAGAAAAUUAGAACUUAGCUAAUUAAUAUUAUCUGAAGACACUGACUAAAGACAUAUAAUGUAUAUGGUAUUGAUUAACUAUAACAAUAUAUAAAUUUAAAUUAAGUAAAACAAUUAUUUAAAUUUGUAAUUUAAUUUUGAUUUAUUUUAUUUUAAAUGUAUUCAACUAUAAUCAUCAGUCUAUCAUAGACUAUAGUAUUUAUAGUUGACUGGACUGUAUGUUAUCAUUAGGUUAUAAGAGUUAAGAAAAAAUUUAUUUUUCAAUGUCUUAAUACCGAACCAUAUAUACCGAUAAAUACUUGAUUAAAAUUAUGAAUAUACACAAUUAAAAUAAUUAUAGUUUUCAAA